AUGACAGCACCUGCCAAAGAGUUCGUGAUGAGACAUAUUUUCAAAAAUGUUUCGAGUCUCAAAGAAGGAGAGGAACAAUCAAGCUUCGUGGAAGAACACUUCAAUGUUCCAUGGAAAACAAAAGUGGGACGGAAAGAUGAAUUUCUUUUUUAUUGUUUGUAUUGCGAUCAACCAAAAACCGCCGAUUGGUUGAUCACCAUUGAGCGCGAAGUUCGACUAAUCUCGAUUGGAAGUAAAAUAGAGAGAAGAAACAGCGAAUUGACGUAUGAGAGUAGUAGCAACUACACUGGUUGUGGAUGGAAAGAGUUUAUGAAAUGGGAAGAAAUGGAGAAGAAUUAUAUGAUUGAUGGAGAUAUUAUGAUUGAAACCUACGUGAAGAUCAAGAAAAUGACUGGAAUCGAGAGAAAGAAAUUGAGAAAUUUCGACGAAUCUAUGAGUGAAUUCUCCGAUGCUGUAUUGAUUGUGGGAGAUGAGAAAUUCUAUGUCUCGAAAUUGUUUCUCGCCAAUCAAUCUUCAUAUUUCAAAUCGAUUCUGAUGGCAAAACAAGAAGAAUCCGGAAAACCAGAGGUCACACUGGAGAAUUGCAAAUCGAAAGAUUUUCAGUACUUUCUGGAAUUAAUCUACGGAGAAUCGCCAAUCGAUGAUGAGACAAUCGAUGGAAUUCUUGGAUUGUCUGGUAUAUACGACGUCCCGAUUGCAAUGAGAAAAUGCGAAGAGUUUCUUAUCAGAGAUUCAGAGAAAACGUUGAAGGAGAAAUUGCGAUUGGCGAAACGAUACGAUUUGAAUAAAUUGAAGGAAAACUGUAUCUCCAAAAUCACCACCGCCGCCGACCUCCGAUCCGUCUUCUCUUAUGAUUUCAGUGAAAUGGAUCCAUCUGUCGUCGGAGCACUUCUUCAAAAAUCGAUCGCUCUUCUUCCAUAA